UACUCUUUUGUGCUUCACACCAUGAUUUCUUUCUUUCUUUUUAUGCAAUACCAAUACCUUUAAAUUGAUUACCACUUCAUCUGUCCCAUCGGAUUGUUAUAAUUUAAUUUUUAAUCAAAUUUAAAUAUCACCAUCACCACUACUUAUACUUUUACUGUUUUAAAAUCAUCAUUCACUUCGAAUCUUUAUUUGGCUCGAUCUUACGGUCUUUUCUUCUGCAUCUCUCAUCUAUUGCUUGUUUCUUGGUUCACUGGUUCCUUCUCUCCUCCUUUAUCUUUCUCUCUCUUUCUGUUUAUUCAGUUUUCUUAACAUUAUUUAACAGCUUAUCAACUUGGUCCGUUACAUCUAAUUAUUUUAGGUAAAUUAAAAUCAUCAAUUUAGCUCCUGUUAAAAUUGGUUAAAGAAUAUACCUUUUGGAACACUGUUUUUGUCCGUCACCCUGAAAUCAUGUCCUCUGCACAAGCUUUCUGUCUCCGACGUAAUAACCAUAGUUCAGACAUGUCUGAACAUUUUGAGAGAAUGUUUAAAGAGGAAUCUCUAGUCGAUGUCACUCUCUCCUGCAAGGAUGGUAGUAUUCGUGCUCAUAAAAUGGUCUUGAGUGCUUGUUCUUCCUAUUUCAAGAACAUUUUCAGCAAAUUUAUCAACCCAUAUCAAUAUCCUGUUGUCAUUAUGAAGGACGUACCUUUCGCAGAUCUCAGGGCUAUAGUUGAGUUCAUCUAUAGGGGUGAAGUUUUUGUACCUCAAGAACAGUUGGCGUCAGUGCUGAAGUCUGCUGAAUCUCUAAAAGUUAAAGGUUUAUCCGAUGUCAAUGUAAACAAGAGCCAAUUGAUCCCUCGACAGCAGCAGCACAUUUCUGUUGGUGCUAACGUCCCUCUUCAACAUAUUUCUUCUGGUGUUCAUGGACAAGCCGAAUUUGCAGCCACCCAGCCUCAUAACUUCUUAUUGACUAAACAAGGCUAGCUUUAAAAUCACCGUGGAAAUUAUAUCCUUCAGGUUCCUGUAACUGGCAGCUAUCUAUUGGCAUGGAUAUAUUCCCUUUUCUCAUCUCUUCAGCCCUCUUCCUCCUUUUUUCAUGUAAUAGGUCGCCCUUUUUCCGUCUCACCCUCGCGUUAUCUUUCUCUCCGGAAAACAUUCCUGGAGAUUUAUCGCUCCUAUAUUUCUAGGCUAAACUCUUCAAUAACUGCAACAUGGACACGAAAUUAUUUACAUCCUCUCAUUUACGAUAAAACACACACGUACAUACUUACGAACGAUUCUUAAGCUCCUCUUAAACUUUUUGACUCAAAUUUUCAAUUGUUUUCAUCUAUGGGCAUAACCGUUCAUCCACUAGCAUGUUCUUGAUUAUUUUUGAGUCUCUUCGCACGCUGUGCUCUUUUCUCUAAUUUUUCCUCCAACUCUUGGCAAAUUAUACUGCAAGGAUAAUCCAUCCAACUGUAUACUGACUUGAAGCCAUCAAAAUAUUGACUUAAAUAAAGACUGAAAUAGAAUCGUUUUGCCCCUUGAAACGUUUUCUAUCGCUUAAAAUUAA